GUCAUAUCUUUAACUUAACCUUCGAUAUCUUUUGUAGGAUAUCAUUAUGCAGGAGUUGGAUUGUGCCGCCUUUCUGACGUCUAAGUGGCAGGAUGAUCGACUUCAGUGGAAUGCGUCCGAUGUUGGAGGCAUGGAAAGUUUCUUCACUUAUCGUUCGGAUGUUUGGUCACCUCCACUUGUAAUUUCUAAUUCAGCGUACGAUGUGAAGAUCAUAAAUGAUAAUGGAGAUUUGGAAAGUAAUCCUGUACUCCUUCAGAGUAACGGAAGUGUCUUGUGGGUCACAGCGGUCAACCUUGUAUCACAGUGCACUGUUAAUAUAAAGUUCUACCCCUUUGACACUCAAAUUUGCAAAAUUAGAGUAGCCCCCAUGAUGUACCUUGAUGAACACGUGGACUUAAUGUCGUCUGCCCAAAAUGUGAACUUUGACCUGUACGAAGAAAGCGGUGAAUGGGACGUCGCCGACAGCAGUAUAAAUAAAAGAGAUUGGAUGCUUGGUGUUUAUAAGAUAUCUGUGAUUGAGUUUUCGUUCCAAUUAAAGAGAAAAUAUUCCUACUAUGUUUUAAACAUGAUCCUGCCUGUGAUUGCCAUUGCCUGGCUCGGGCCAUUUGUUUUCAUGCUACCGGUAGAGGGCGGUGAUAAGAUUGGAUUUUCUCUGACGAUUCUUUUAUCACUGUCUGUUUUGUUGUCACUUGUGUCGGACAGCAUUCCACCAACAUCAACUCAUGUCUGUGGUCUAAGUGUAUACUUGAUAAUGACUUUUAUAUUAUGUACCAUUGAGACGCUAGUCACGGUAUAUAUAUGUCGAUGGCAUAAAUGGGCUACCGAAGAAAAAAAGAUGGGACCUCGGGCUCAGAAAUUUACCAAAUUUUUAGCAAAAGUGACGCUCUCGAGAAAGCAUAAAGAUGAUACUUCAAGUGAAACGUCUGCGGCUGAGGAAGAUCCAAAACAAUUUAGGAAAAAGGGAUCAGUAGACAAGGCUUGGGAAACUGAAAAGGACCACAGCAAGAACUUUGAGAAUAUUUAUGAAACUCCCUACACCCAUCACGAUCUUAUUUUGUUUUUCGACAGGAUGAUUAUCGAGGAUGAUUACCGAAGAUAUUUACCGAGAACUGUUACCAAGGACGGUUACAGAUGUAAGUUACCGAUGGCGGUUAUCGAGGAUAUAGUAACCAAGGACGAACAUUCAGAAGGGUUACCGAGGGACGGUUACUUAGGAUGGUUACCGAGGACGGUCACUAAGGGACAAGAAAAAAGACGAGAACCAAUGAUAGAAGAAUGGACAAGAACAAAGACGAGUACCGAUAACAGAACAGGACAUGGACCGAUAACAGAAGAACUGACAACAAGACAACGGAAACGAGGACUGUUGACAGAAGAAUGA